GCGAGAUGCUCAAAUUUCUAAUUUAAGUUAUUACUUGAACAAGUUGUUGACGCUGCAAUUCUGAAAUCGUAUUGUUUUAUAUUUUGUAAAUAUCAGACAUAUGCCGCUGAGAUAAAUUAAUACAUUUCUUUUUGACUGUAAAAUGAGACUUAGAUUUCAACAAAAUUUUAAGCAAUUUUGUAAAUUGCGACAUUUUUGGCUACACAAUUUGCCUGCAGAAACACCAGAAAAAAAUGUGAUCAAUGUAAAAUUAUCUGUACCAGAACCAGAAUAUAAUAUAGAUUUUCUAUGCAAUCCUGCAAAUCGUGAUGUCAUCUUCAAUAACAUCAAAAAAAGAAAGAGUAUUGGAGAUAUUGAUAAAGUUCUCGAAUACUCCAGAAAUCCUGCAAAGCGAGAAUUGCUGUUGUGGGAAUUAAGUAGGAUACCUAACUAUACGCAUCCUGCAAUAAUUGAUUAUGGUGAUAAACCAAGAUUGCUAAAAGAAUGCGGCAAAAAGGCAGAGUUUGAUUUUGAGCCGAAAGAAUUUGCUGAACUUGUCACUGAUUUAAAAGCUAUAAGAACACAUACAUUGGGUCCUGUUACUGGACAAAGAAGUUAUAUACUUCUAGGAGAAUUGGCAGAAUUGGAAGAAGCGUUGAUUCAUUAUACACUUAGAAGAUUGGUAAAGCAUGGAUUUAAGUUACUUUCAGUGCCUGAUAUCAUCCUUACUAAAGUUAUUGAAAAGUGUGGUUUGAUAGUGGAUGGCAAUCGAACUUUAGUAUAUAAAUUAGAUCCUUAUUAUGGUGAUGACUAUAGCUUGUCUGGCACUGCUGAAAUGUCAUUAGCUAGCAAAUUAAUGAAUACUACACUUUCCUAUGACACGUUACCAUUGAAAUUAGCAGCUGUUAGUCGAUGCUAUCGUGCAGAAGGUUCAAGUACUCUGGAUGAAAGAGGAAUCUAUAGAGUUCACCAGUUUACUAAAGUGGAAAUGUUUGUUUGUUGUGAACCAAGUCAAUCUGAAGAAGUGUUUCAAGAUCUCCAGAAUAUACAAGAAGAAUUGUUCUCUUCAUUAGGAUUGCAUUUUCAAAUAAUGGAUAUGCCUCCAUUUGAGUUAGGUUCAUCAGCUUAUAGGAAAUGUGACAUGCAAGGUUGGAUGCCUGGAAGAAAAUUGUACGGCGAGUUAUCUAGUUGUAGUAAUUGCACGGAUUAUCAAUCAAGACGUCUCAACAUUAGGUACACGACAAAAGAUGGAAACACGGCUUACGUACAUACACUAAAUGGAACUGCGUGCGCGAUACCUCGUAUGUUGAUUGCCUUGUGCGAAACGUAUCAAACGAAACACCAUCGUAUCAUUGUACCAAAUGAAUUGGUACCUCUAAUGAAAGGCAAAACGCUUAUUAAAAACAAUCAAGUUGCAGACAUGAGACCUUAUAAGUACAAACAAAAAUUAAUUGUAAAAGAGAAAAUCAAAUAAAUGUAAGAGAUUGAUACAACC